GGAAGGCAUAUUGUUAAUAACGACUGUGUUUACAUAACACAGAUAUUAAAUGUUACAUAUAUAUGUGGAAUCUUUGUUAUUAUCAGUCCAAACAAUGCAGCCUUCACCUAAGUCAGGAGUUCAGUAAGCUUUACCCAGGCAGUAAGACGGUACCCAUCCUGUCUAAGAAAUCCGCCCCAGGACUCAUCCUGGCCUCUGGUACCAUGGGGAAGAAUUUGAAGCGGCGACCUAAUGUUUACUUGUCAAGGGAUGCAGGGCUUCGCUGGAGGGAGAUCCAAAAAGGAAACUACUUCUAUGCCUUUGGUGAUUUUGGGGGAGUGAUUGUUGCUGUAUCACAGUUUAGUUUAACAAACGAAAUUUUGUACUCCAAGGACAUCGGUGAGACAUGGCAUACAUACCAGUUUGCCCCACAUAAGAUCCGUGUGUAUGGCCUGUUAACAGAACCAGGGGAGAAGACAACAGUUUUCUCAAUAUUUGGUUCACAUACUGGUGCUCACAACUGGUUGAUUCUACAGGUGAAUGUAUCCAGUAUAUUUGCUACAAAGUGUAACCCAGAUGAUGAUUACAAGGAGUGGUCACUGUCAGAUGACCAACACUUCAGUGGCUGUUUGCUGGGCAGAAAGACUGUGUUUUAA